UCAACGUCUUCAUGUAAACCUACGACCAACUUGCGCCAAUUCGGAGCAACGGCUCGCGCAACCCAUAUCAUAACUGUGCAACUGGCAUCCAGAUGGGCAGCCCCUCUCAUUCCAAGCGAAUGAUUUGAUAGUGUUAGAAUGUACCAUAUUACCAAUCCUUAGCGAUUGUUUAUUCAAUCGAUCCUCACGUGCCCCGAACCUCACCAACCUCUACAAUGUCUGUCGAUAUCUACCCACCAAUAGCUGCGGCCGAGCUCAAGCUGGCAAUCCAGGACACGCAGCGCCGUGAGCUCACCUGGCUCCUCGAUGACCUCCAAGCCACUCUGGGCGAAUUCCGCCACGGCCUCGAGGACUGCUACGCUCUCCUCGCGCCCAUCGACCCAGGCAGCACUCUCGUUGUGAGCACGCCGCGCAACGAGUCGGUCAAGGGCCACGUCACGCGGGUCGGCACCCGCAUCGUCAAGGGCACGCUGUCGCUGCGUCUGCGCACCGCCCCUCCGCAGACCUUGUCCAUCGACCCGACGCAUCCCAUCCACCUCGCACCCCUAACACUGCUGCAUGCCCGCCUGACUGACGCCCUCGACGUCCUGACCCGUACCCUCGAGUUCCUACCGGAAGGAGGCGGCUCGAAGACGACGCUGCCGCCUGCCGCCGACGCAACAGCCGCCGCGGCCUUUGUAUCUGCCCAACUGAGGCUGCUCUCAACGACGCUGCACGAAUCCUCCGCGAUACUCAAGGGCCGGCCGCUGACGGACACCGAUCCGGGCUGGACGACGCUCUCAGCAGCGCCGGGGCACUUCCUCGCCCCGCCGGCGCCACCACCACCAACCUCCAACCUCAACAACUUCCUCUCCGCACCACAGCAGCAAACUGACGCCUCGGCCGCUAACCCGCUGCACAACAUAUCCAUCUACUUUUCGCUCCAAGAGUCCGCGCUGGUCCUGUGGGUGCGCAGCCUCGAGCCCGCUGAUGCGGCGCCCUCAUUCGGCAUGAAGUUCGCGCUGGCCAUUGGCACGGCCCGCCGCCUCGAGCACGACGAGAGCGACGUCAUCUUUGGCUACUGCUGCGCCGGUCUGGACGGGAAGCCCGCGGGUGGCGAGGAGGAGCACCGCCGACACGGGCCUAGGACCUCACCCACGCUGAGCGUCAAACGGCCUGUGAGUCAAAGCGGACCACCCGUGCUAUCGGGAACGAGGGAUAGCACCAGGCGGAGCAGUAGUAGAAACCCUGGUGGGGCUGCGGGCGGUAGAGAAAAGGAUGGUGACGCGGUGCAGGUCUACGUGAGGGAGAAAAUCCGUGUCGAGAGCGCAGACCCGAGUUUGAUGUCUCUGUCUGCAAAACUGGGUGCGCUGAGCCAUACUCUGACUAUGGCUAGACGUAACCUUGCCGCCGUCAUGGGAGAGGAGCUGGAAGAGUGAACGAGGCUCAAGUGAUCACUUCACAAUGGUCGGGUUUCCAUGACAAAAUGAGCUGGAUAUCAAUUGUUAUUGCACCGAAUCUAAAUGUACUAAUAUCAGCACAGCUGAUUCCAACAAACAACCAUAAUGAGCCUAAAAAUGACAAAUGAGAAACUCCUAAACACA